AUGACCAGCACAGUCCACACAGAUAGUGAAGAUGAACCUAUCGUGCAUUCUCGUCCCAUAUGCAGGAUCAAACCCACUGCUGCUCUCCUCCAACACUCGGAGAAGGCCACCCUUCCAUCUCAAACCAAAGCCAUCAAUGAAUUCCGUGCCACGGAGGCAGCCAAGCGUGCUUUGGAGGUUUCUGCCCAACCCAAGCCCAUGCCACCCCCACCCACAGCUAUUCCCUCGUCCAAUGUGCCUCCCCCACCCUCACCUAUUCCCUCAUCCAACAAACACUUGCAUCCUGAUGAUGCCUUCGUCAACAUCAAAGACGAAUCUGUUGAUGAAGACCAUGACUCGGUCUGCGAGAAUGCUCGUAUUAACCCUAAGCCUCAUAGAAAGAAACAGAAGGCCCCAGAGAAGUCCCCCGAGUUGGUUGAUGGAGAUGAGGUUCUCAUCGACAUUGAUGUCUCUAUUGUGGACCCAGGAUCAUCUCAGGAAGGCAAAACUGCUGAUAUCGAUGCAUUCUUUGGAGCAACAUUUGAGCAAACUGGGGCCAAUGGCAAAGUGAAGAAACACUGA